GGGGGUCAGCGGUCGCGCCGGGGAGCCCCUGCGGGGCAGAAGCGGGGAGCCCCCGGCCCCUCCUGCUCCGGUUCCCACGCUCCCGCCCCGGGUUCUAAAAGGGGCCGCCCCACAGCCCGAGAAAGGGGGCGGGCGAGAGCCGGCCGGUUGGCCCCCUCCCGGCGGGACUCGGCCCGGGCAGGGGAAGUGGGCGAGGUCUCCUCGUGAAUAUUCAUGAGGCACGUUCACCGCCGGCGGUCCGGCUCGGCUUAACCCCACCCUCUCCCGAGUCCCCCGCUGGCGGGAACAGGAUGUCUGGGCGGGAGGGGGCGGGGCCGCGGGGGAGGAGCCAGGCCCCCUGCCUGCCGGCCCCGCCCGCCCGCCUGUCCCCUCCUCCCGGCCCACAGCUGGAGCCGGCCCCCCUCCCCAGAUGUGGCGCCCCGCGCCCAGGGCCUGACGGACCGGGGAGGGAGACAGACAGACGGGCAGACCGGCCGCCGGCCUCCCCGCCCGACCCCGGGCUGCCCCCGGCCAGAGUCGGCCCCGCCGGCCCCUCGGCUGCUCCCGGGACUGACACGCCGGCCCCCGCGGGCGGCCCCGCUCUCCCGCUCCGCUUGCGGGCGCUCCCGGAGCGGGACACGCGCUGCCGGCCGCCGCCAGCUCCGGGCCCGCGGGGACCCCGGGGUCUGGGCCCCCCCGGGAGAAGGACGGUGCUUUGAGAGCCGCCAGUCAUGCCUGAGGGAGCCCGCCGCCUGAGUCUCACCAAGCCCAGCCCGACCCCAAGCCCCGGGUGUAGCCAUCGAGGACUCCCCCCGGCCCUGCCCAUGGCCUCCCCCCGGGGGUCUGGGAGCUCUACAUCCCUGAGUACCGUGGGCUCUGAGGGGGAGCCCCAUGCAGGCCCCAGCCCCGGCCCCAGCUCCGGCCAGGCCUGCCCUGUGCCAACCGUGGAGCCCCCCCCAGGGCCCCCCAUUCGGCUGCACCUGACUCCGGUGGGGCUUCGAGGGGAGCCAGGGCAAGGGACCAAGAAGCCCUCCCACCUGGAGCGGGUGGUCCGGGAGAUCGUGGAGACCGAGCGGGCCUACGUGAGGGACCUGAGGAGCAUCGUGGAGGAUUACCUGGGCUGCCUGGUGGCCAACGGCCCCCCCGGGCUGAAUCCAGAGCAUCUCGGGACCCUCUUCUCCAACAUCGAAGAUAUCUACGAGUUUAGCAGUGAGCUCUUGGAAGACCUGGAGAGCAGUAGCAGUGCCCACGGCAUCGCAGACUGCUUUGUGCAAAGGAGCGAAGAGUUUGACAUCUAUACCCUCUACUGCAUGAACUACCCGAGCUCCAUGGCCUUACUCCGGGACCUUUCCCUCUGCCCUCCGGUGGCCCAGUGGCUCCAGGAGCGCCAGGCCCAGCUCCGCCAUUCGCUGCCCCUGCAGAGCUUCCUCCUCAAACCCGUCCAGCGAAUCCUGAAGUACCACCUCUUACUGCAGGUGCAGACUUGGACCCGGGCCCCUGUGGUUGGGGGAAGUCGGGUCCAGCGGGAUCCUCUGGGCCUUCCAAGGGGCCGUUUGACCAUCCCAAAGCACCAGCACCUGCUGCAGGCCAAGAACCAUGAGGAGAAGCGCCUGUGGCUCCAUUACCUGCAGCGCUUGAUAGUGGAAAACCACCCGGCGUCCAUCCCCGCUAAGGCAAAGCAAGUCCUCUUGGAAAACGCUUUCCACUGUGCCCCUGAAGGCCAGCCCAGCUGUGAGCCUCUGACACCCCCGCUCGGAUCCCCCCGCCUCCCCGAAGGCCGAAACUUCAGCGGACGAAGGAAGACAGACCCCUCCCCGUCUCUGACCAGCCCCGCGGGGGCCUCCCCGGGCCGCCGAGGCCGGAGGCAGUCCGAGCCAGCAAAGGAGUGUCACCUCAUGUUUGGGAAGAUCGCUGGAUCCAGGCUCAAGCACGCCGGCAGCGAGGGGGAGCUGUUCCCGAUGUCGCAGUCCCUCUGCAAGGCCCCGACCCCAGAGCCGGCCCCGGCCUCAGGAGCCCCCGAAGACGUGGAGGAGCCGGCUCCCCCUGCCCUGGGCCCCCCAGGGCUCUCGAUCACCGAGGAGAUCAUGGAGCUGCUGACCCAGAGAGGUCUCCAGGAGCCCAGGCUUUCCCCCCUGGAAGUUCCUGAAGCUCCCAGAUUCCAGGGGGAGCCCGCGUCUCCAAAUCAUUCUGGGAACGUCGGCCCCGAGAGCCCAGCCCAAUUAAGUGGUGAGUACUCUGAAGAAGAGGAGGGGACACGACUGAAAGACCAGCGGUCAUCGCCCCUCCACGUCCUCGAGAGGCUGGACGACACGGACGUUUGCGGCAGCUCCGAAGUCCCCGGAAAUGCGGCAGUUUCUGACGCUCCCGGGCUCCCAGACGCUCCCCCAAUUCCCAACUGUGAGCCCAGUUCCAGGAUCCCCGAACCCUCCUUGGGACAAGGGGAGCCCUGCUCCGAGGCCUCAGCUCAGGAGGAGGACUCGGAGGCAGCUACAUCAGCGACGCCAGUCCCGUCGGGAAAGGCGGACGAUGGAGCCCAGUCCAGACAGGAGAGCCAGUCAUCUUGGACGGAGGAAGAGGAGGAAGAGGAGGAAGAGGAGGAAGAGGAGGAGGAGGGGGAGGAGGAGGGGGAGGAGGAGGGGGAGGAGGAAGCCGAAGAAGGACAGCUGCCUCCCAGCUCUCCCACCAAGCCCGAGAGUUUAGAGACUGCCGAGUUCCACUCCUGCUCGGAGAUCCGGAGAGCCUGGCAGGCCCUGGAGGCCAGGGGCUCCCAGGGCACCGUUCUGGAGCCCUUGCUCAUCCUGGAAGAGUCCGAUUUCAGGGCAGGCUGCCAAGUGGGCUCCCUGUCCCAGCUCCUGGUGGGCGGCGAUGGGAGCAGGACCGGGGAUGGCCCCGGGGGGACCGCUGGGUCGGAGAGGGUGGCCACGCGGGUGCGCGAGCUAGCCCGGAUGUACAGUGACCGCAUCGAGAGACUCCAGAGGGCCGGGAACCAGGUGUCUGGUGCCGGCUCCCGGAGGAGAGCCCGGGGCCUGGUGCACUCCCACCAACUCCUGGCCCCUCCAGAGGAGGAGGAGGACCUUCAGCCCGGGCCUCUACCUGCUUUUGGUCACGUCCUAGUCCGGGAGGUGAACUUCCCCAUGGCCUGUGCUCAGGCCUCUGUGGCUCUGGUCCCGGCGUUGCGACCCCAGGCCACGGCCCCACUGGCCACCCAGAGGCCUGAGCCUCCUCCUGCUGGAAAGCAUCACCCCACUGAGGCCAGUGGACUCCCAGAGGCCGAGGUCCCCGAGGAGGAAGCCUGGAACCUCCCUGUUCCAGAGGCUGUUCAGCCAGCCCCCGAAGCCCCACCCCCUCCCCCUGCCCCAAGCCUACCUCCUCAGGGGCGCCAGCUCUUGGGGUCAAGUGCAGCCGCCUUGUCCAGGUAUCUGGCCGCUUCUUGUAUCAGCCAGAGUCUGGCAAGGAGAGGGGCGGGGGUCCCAGAAGGGGAGGCUCCUGCGGCCUGGAGGCCCUCCCCAGCCCGGGGGUCCUGGGCCUCGGCCCCCUCAUCCCGAGCCCCCUCACCACCCCCCAUGGCGCGGCCCAGCUACUCUACCACUGUCAGCAUCCGAGUGGGGGGAGGGGGCAGGCUGGGUCCAGCCAAGGCCCAGGUCCGCCUGAAUCACGCUCCUCUGCUGGCCUCCCUGGACCUCCCGGGCCAGCGGCGGGUACAGGGCGCUGCCGAGGGCACCCCUAGAACGUGAGCUGAGCCAGGGUCAGGGCUCUCCAAAAAGACUUGAAGAUAUCGAAGGCCCUGUGAGGAUCUGGACAAUUGGGGCCUGCUCUGGAGUGGCCUCGGAGCCUCAGGUUCCUGGCCACUCCCCAGGGGUCCGGACAGAGGUCUGCUGGGCCCAUCAAGUGCUUUGAAAACCCACAGGGGGCUGCCUUUAAUGUUAUUAAUAAUUAAUAUUAUUUUCUACGUUUGCACAUGGGGGUGUUUUCUCUUGUACAGCUCCAUCCAAAAACUGUCCACCCCACUCCUGUCCCCCCAAAACUGUGGGGAGUUCUCCGAAGGGUGUGGGGGCUUGGGGAUCUGGGUAAGGAAAUACCCCAUAUUUCACCUAACCUUGAAGGGGGAAUGCUCCCUAACUCCCAAGCCCCUCUCUAUCCUAGCACUGACCCCGGCCCCCCACUUCCUCUCCAGAAACACAAAGUCCCCAGCCCCCCAAUAAAUGGAUUUAAGCUCUUUCA